GCAUCAUGAUCGGCCUCCUCAAGCUCAUCCUCUGGACCACGGCUGCCGCCGUGGUCAGCGCCACGGCCUACAUCUGGGCCGUCUUCCGAAGCGUCUCGGCCAUCAACGGGGAGCACAUGCAGACCUCAACCGUCGUCCCGUCCUCCCUCAUCCGGUCGACGACCGUCCGCCGUCUCGUCAACCCCCGAGGCCACAUGAUGGUCUUUUGCUCGUUCGCUUACACCUUUGAGCUUCGGGGCCCGCAGGUCAUCGUCUCGGACGAGGCCGUCCUGGCGCGGUUUGUGCGCGGCUUCUUUUUCGGGCCGGUCCUUGCUGUUGAGAGGACUUUUAUCAAGAUGUUUGUGCCGGCGCUGACGCGCUUCAAGGACGCCCCCGGAUUUGCUGAUCGUCACAACGUUUGGUCCUCCUCCUCCCUCGCGCCCGACCACCUCCCUCCGAAAAACACCAUCCUGUUCGGCUGCUUCUACGUCGCCGAAGUCAGCCUCGGCUUCCGGCACGAGGGCACGUACAUCGACUUUGCGUUCGGCUCCGACGCCGGCCCGGCCGCGAGUCUGUACCGGUUCAGCGUCAAGCGGACGGGGAUGCACGGCAACAUGUACAGCGAGACGAACAGGGAGGUGGUGACGGUCCACCUGUCUUCGCUGAGCUGCAACCCUGUCGUCAACCGACCGAUCAUGCCGCAGUGGUUCCAGGUCUACCAGCAGAUGUAUGUCCAGUUGCUGUUCCGGGAUGGCAUGGCUGAGGUCAUCAACUUGACUGGCAAAGUCUGGCCCAGGAUCCCGGGUCGCGAUACCCCUCCUCUUUGGGUCUUGCAUUGA